AUGCAUAUGUGUGAGUGUAUAUGUUUAUUGGACUUUCCUUCUUUCUUUCCUUUGACAUUGUCACAUGCAUAUGUGGUGUGGGUGUUGUCCUUUCCUUCUUUCUUUCCCUUUGAUAUUGUCACAUGCAUAUGUGUGUGGGUGUUUAUUGGCCUUUCCUUCUUUUUUCCCUUUGAUAUUGUCACAUGCAUAUGUGUGAGUGUGGGUGUUUAUUGGCCUUUCCUUCUUUCUUUUCCCUUUGACAUUGUCACAUGCAUAUGUGUGAGUGUGGGUGUUUAUUGGCCUUUCCUUCUUUCUUUUCCCUUUGACAUUGUCACAUGCAUAUGUGUGAGUGUGGGUGUUUAUAUUCUUUCUUUUCCUAUGACUUGUCUUGUGUUUUUAUAUGUUUGUGAUUGCCUUUCCUUCUUUCUUUCCCUUUAUAUGUCAUGCAUAUGUGUGAAUGUGGGUGUUUAUAUAUAUUUCCUUUAUUCUUUUCCUUUGACAUUGUCACAUGCAUAUGUGUGA